UCUCAUUUCACUCGCACAGGUCCCUAUCGACUGGUUGUCACCCUUUUUCUGUCUGUAAUAUUCAAAUAAUGGCUUCGAUCGAACUCCGCAAUGUGCAAACCGAGCUUGCCGCGAAGAACUUGCAAUUCAAAGUGCUCACUGAAAAGUUUUUGGAGCAACGAAAAGAGCUUUUCGAUGCGAAGAAGACUGAUUCGAAUGUCGAAUAUGUGGAAUGUUUGAGUGAGAAAUUGAGAGUUGCCACGGAAAGAAUUUCGGAUCUUGAAAAGGAGACGAAAGAAGGAAAACAAGUAGCAAAUGAGGAAAUUGGUCGAUUGGAGAAACUUUUGAGGGAAGCACAGCAGAAAAGGGAUGCGAAAAUUGAUGAGUCAUAUCAGACAUUCUUGAGAAUCGAAUUACUUGUGGCUAACCUUGGUGAGAGCACAGAUCCUGAGAAUGAAAAACGAAUCAAAAAUUUGAUGCCAGCAGCGAAAACUGGUAUUCCACCAGAGGGUGUUUUGAGAUUGACGAUUAAUGCAUUGGACAGUGCUGCUAGAGAAUCCAAGAAAAAGACGAUGGCCAUCGAGAGCCUCACGAAACAGGUCGACGAUGCGAACAAGCUCACUGAAGUCUAUAUGAAACGGCUUGAAGAGCUGGAGGACAAGCAUCGAUUCGAAGAGGCGCUCACGUUGAAGAUCCAGGCGAUGAUGAUCGAGACGACGGGGCAGUUGGAAGCCCAGAAGAAGAUCAUUGCGGAUCUUCAGAAGAAGAAUGACGAUCUUAUGAAAGAAGAGGAAGGGGAAGAAGAUUAUGAAGAGGAGGAGAACUACGAGGUUGAAGAAGACUUUGAGGAUGAGGAAGAGUAUGAUGAGGAGGGAGAAGAGGAAGAUUACGAAUAAAAUACAUACUAGUUUCUACUUUUUUAUUUUACUGUUUGUUUUUUCCUUCGUUUCAUAAAUUUCCAAAUGUCAAAUCUUUUAAAGAAAUAAUUUCAAAAAUUCAGUAAAAACAAAACGAAAAUAACGCAAAAUCAACAACAACAAAAAAUAAAAUUGAUUAUCCU